AUGAAUAAAAUAGGAAAACUCUUUCCACAAACUACUGCCUUUUUUGUUUGUGAUUUACAAACUAAAUUUGUAAAUGAUAUUUUUAAAUUUAAUAGUAUAGUUCAAGAAACCAAAUAUAUGAUGAAAGUUUGUAAAGAAUUAGAAGUCCCAAUUAUUGCAACAGAACAAUAUCCAAAGGUACUAGGUGAAACAGUACCAUUAAUAAAAGAAGAUUUCGGACCCAGUACCAAGUUAUUUGAAAAAACUUUGUUUUCAAUGUACACACCAGAAGUUAAAAAAUAUUUAGAUGAAAAUCACAAGUCUGUUAAGUCGAUUAUGAUUGCUGGUAUCGAAGCUCAUGUUUGUAUAUACCAAACAACACUCGAUUUACUCGAACAAGGUUAUGAUGUCCAUAUUGUUGAGGAAGCAGUUUCGAGUGUAACCUCUCAUGACCGUAAAAUUGCAUUGGAAAGAUUAAAGCAAUCUGGUGCCUUUGUAAUUAACUCAGAGUCUAUAAUAUUCCAAAUGGCAAAGGAUUCAAAACAUAAAAAUUUCAAAACUCUCAUUAAAAUUGUCAAAGAAAGAAGAGAUAAUAAUGCAAAUCUUUAA